AUGUGUGAUCUUAUAGAUUUAAAUAGCCCUGACAGAAAAAGUUUACUAAACGCCAGACUUGCGUCGCCUUUAAUACCAGUUCCUACAGAUACUGUAUGCUAUAAUUAUAAUACUUGUACGAAUGAACCAAAUUCUGUAAUAACAGGGAAACGUGAGAGUUUAGAGAAUAAUCCUUUUGAUAUGGUGUUAUGUAAAACUACAGAAUAUAUUCAAAAAAAAGAUGACCCUUUUGAAGUGACUUUAGAAAAAGCACUAAGAUUGAAAUAUAAAGAGAGAACAUGCUCCCUUGAUUUAACAAAUGAUGUCCUCCAGCAAAAAACAUAUAAACAAAAGUUAAAACUGAAUAAAACAUUGGAUGAGUUUUUAAUUAAUGAUGAAUUAAAUCAUAACAAUAUAACUACUGCCAAAAUAUCUAAUGAUGCUAUCAUAGUUCAUUCAAAUAAUAGUAAGAUACUAAGUGAUAAUUUAAAGCCUGUUGAUGUUAUACCUACCAUUGAGAUUCAAGAUUUUGAUUUAUCCAUUUUAAAUCAAUCUGUGAUGAAUGAUACAUUAUUUGAAGGAGAUAAAGAAUCAAAUAAGAAUCAAAUGAAAUCUAUUUUACAAAAUAAAAUGUUAAUGCACACAAAGAAAAGCAAUGUACAAUUUCCAUACCCCAAUACAGCUUUGAAAGUAUCAAAAUUAAGACGUUCACUUUCACAAGGAGAAAAUAUAUCUCCAAAAAAGUCAGAAUAUUUAAAUCAAAUAUCAUUAAUUGAACCUUUACGAAUUAGUUCUGGCAGUGAAACUAAUAUUGAUUCCCCAGAUUCACUUAACUUACUGAAUGAAGGGUUUUUAAAAAGUCAUUGCAGUGGCAGUUCUGUAUUUUCAAGUUUAUCAGAUAUAUCAUCUAUACAUAAGUUAAAUUCUGUUUCUCCUACAAUUAAUUCAUCAACAAUUUUAUCAAAUGGCACCAUGAAUAGGUCAUUUUUAGAAAGUUGUUCAUCUGAAAAAUCAGAUAAUAUAAAAUUAAGUGAAAAUAUGAGUCUUAAUAAAGAAAUAAAACCUGCAUUUCUAACAUCAAAUGAUUCAAUAAUAUCAGUAUCAAAUUUAUUAACUGAAAGUUCAAUAUUGAACCUAGCAGACAGAUUUAAUAAACUCAAAGCAAGUACAUCAGAGAUUCACACUCCUGAAAAUUCUUUGAACAACAAAAAUGAACUUGCAUAUAGCUCUUCUAAUGAUAUAAAAGACUGUGUAACUGUAAUGGAAAAAAAUGAAAACUGUGAUAUAAAUAAUAAGUUAAUAGAUGUUGAUGUAUUUUCACCAGACAAUAAUUGCACUAAAGAACAUUGUAAAAGUUCUAUUUCAGAUACAUCAUCAGAUUCUGUGUUCUUUGAAGGAAACAAAAUUAAUAAGUCAAUAUUUAAGGAAGCAAAACUUCUUGCAAAAACUUUUGAAGAGUUAGCUUUCAAAACCAGUUCCGGAUCAAGCAUUGAUGAUCUCAUUACAAACAAUCCUUUAUGGACAUCAGAAUUAUUACCAGCAUUUGAUGAUGAAGCUAUGGUUGAAAAUUUGAUUGAAUUACCCACAUCUCCUGUUGGAUGUAAUACAAAGUCAAAACAUGAAGAAGUUAUGAAUAGUGAUUCACAUACAGAUAAGAAAAAAGAACUUAAUAAUAAAGUUAAAGAAGAUGUGAAAAAUUUAGAAAUGGAACUUACAGAAGUCAUAUCUACAGAAAAACGUCUCACAGCAGCAACACUUUUAUUAGACCUUAAGAAAUUGAUUAAAACAGAAAAUAAUGUAGAAGCAAAUAAGUUGGUGGAAAAUUUAGAAAGAACUUUAGGUAUUAAUUGCAAGAACAAUACUGAAUUGUUAACUACUUAUCUUAAUGCAACUAAUAACUUAGCAAAAAAUCCACAAAAAUCAAACAACAGAUUGGAAAUAAUAAAAAAUGUAGCAGAAAAUAACAUGGAACACAGUCACGAAGAUAAUUUAACUAGCAAUUCAAUAGAAAAUGUUAAAGAAUCAAUAUUUUGUGAAAAUAUAAAUUUUAAUGAUAUGAACACAAGUAAAUGUUCUGAUAAUCAAAAGUACUUAGAGAAAGUAAGUAGUGAAUCAAAAUGUGAAAUUCCAGAAAGAGAAACCAAUAUUGAGGAAAUGAACAAAGCAAUAGAUGAAAAUGAACUUAAUACUCAAAGUGUGUCUAAAGAAGAUCCAUCCUACAAAAGAGAGAGUAGUAGUUUACUAAACGAGAAAAUAAUAAUUGAACUUCUUGAAAACAUAGGAAAAGUAUUAAGUGCACAAACUGAAGAACAUCCAACUUGGGACAUACUUAAAAAUUUAGGAAAAGUAUUACAUUCCACUUCUAAUUGUAAUGUUGAUAAAGAUAUGGAACCUGAUAGUAAUUAUAUAGAAAUUGAACAAACUCCAAGGAAAUCAAAAUUGAAAUUUCAAAACAAUACAAAGUCCUCCAUUUUAUCCAAAUCAGCUAAUAGGUUUAGCUUAGAUUUAGGAUCAACAAAACAGCCAGUUAGUAAGAAAUUUAUCCGAAGAAGCAUGUCUGUAUCUCAAACACAGCCAAUUAAGAAUGAACCAAAUCCAUUAAUAUCUACUAGCAAAAGUAUAUCUCAAUUAAAAGAAGUAACAAAACGUUUUUCUAGUGAUCCUAAUUUAGUUAGUACAACAACAAAUAAAAAAAUAAUUGCAAAUAACAAUAAAAAUGAGUUACAAAAAGAAGUAAAAACGAUUACCGCAUCUAAAUUGCAAAAAGAAAAAACUGCAAUGAUAAGUACAGUUAAAAAUAAAUUCAAAAAGAAAAUUGACACUGAUGUCAUGAGUAAAAAGGGUCCACUGAAAGCCAUUCUUCCCAUAGGAAGUAUGCAAAAGAGAGAAACUAUUAGUAAAAAAAUAACCCCGCCCAUUGGAUCUAUAACGCCACCUAAAUCUCAUAAACUAAUUAGUAGUACACCUAAUUCAACAGACAGUGGACUAAAAAAGGCGAGAUCAUCAAAACCUGUCGCUUCAUCGACUCCAGAUGCUCAAAAUUCUAAAACACGAAAAAUACAAAUACAAGUAACUAAUUCGAAGAAACGUAACUUUUCUUGUGAUAUUUCGCCAGUAAUUACACCACUAAGUGUUAACAAUGGCAAUGGAACAAAUAAUAGUCCACGAAGAAAAUUACCAUCUCCGAAGAAAACAACACCUAAACGUCGAUCUACGGAAUCUGGUAUUCCAAGGUCACAAACACCUCCUGUAAGCAAACCAUUGAACUCUUCGUUCGAUAAAAACGGAAACAGUACGAAACAAAGUCCCUUAAGGGAGAAUAACAUGUUUAUCAAUAAAGUGAAACCGAUUAAUUUGAUCUCGAAACUUCGACGACAUAGUGUUGAUACUAAUAUAAUGGAAAAAGAAAACAAUUAUAUUUAA